AUGGAUCAAGCCCAGGCGACUGUGGGAAGGCUUGGGGAAACACCUGAAUAUGUGGAAUCCCAGUGCCGGGCACCCAGGGCCAAAUCCACAUCCCCCCAACUUGGAGUACCCUGGAGGUUCCAAUCCUGGGUAUCCACCAUAUCCACCACCUGUCAAUCCAGCUUUUCCUCCUGGUCCCUGUCCCCCAGGUCUUCCCCAGGGGAUGCCAUGUCUUCCUCCAAAUGUUUCCCCUUAUCCUGUUCCACAACCAGGAUAUCCAGGACAUCAACCCUCAGGUCACUAUCCUCCUCCAUACCCACCACCUGCCCCUGGUAUGCCUCCUGUGAACCCCAUGGCUCCUGGCAUGGUAGGCCCAGGAAUGAUAAUGGACAAGAAGAUUCGGAAGAAAAUGAAGGAAGAUCAUAAAAAGAUGCACAAACACCACAAGCAUGGCAAGCAUUCCUCCUCUUCCAGCCGUGACUCUGACUGAAUACAGGGCCUGGACCCUCCCCUCAAGUCUCACCAGUUCUGCUGUCCCAUCAAGCUCCAGCUGCCGUGUUGUACUGGGAGAAUUUAGCCCUUGUACCCCUCCAUCCUGUCCCCACCUGAGCCUUACCCUGCUGUUCAGUCCUGACUAGCUAGGGAAAAUGGGAAGAGAAUUGCAAUGGGCUAGCAAAGGCAGCCUUCUCACUGCUUAAUAGAUUUUAUAGCUGAAAAGUUUAGCAGGGAAGCUGCUUUUUUGAAGAUGGUGAGACCUCUGAGCUAAAUGCUGAAGACAAGUAUAAAUUCUGUAAA